UUGUCACGACAACAUCAUGAAGUUAAUCAAAGCACUGACCGCAUUUGGUUGUGUUUUGUGUGUAUCGGGUUCAGGAAGCAACGUGCUGGUGAAUCUGUUUCAAACGGAGAUAAAGGACUGUAUCACCGAGAAUGGGAUACUGCCAGUCUUUCAUAAAGACGCAUUUGUGAGACUUAUCCUCGCCACGGUUCAGAAUGCUGAGGCAUUUCGAAACGUGAUGAAAUGCGCAGCGUUACGGGUGAAGUUAGAUCCGAAGCACACUUUGCACAGCACCAUGCAUCUGUUUGAUAUCAACGCCGUUUCAGCCAUCGUGAGCAACAUGUUUAACAGCACCCGUUUGGAUGACUGGAAUUGUCUCCAGGGGAGCCUUGUGACGUCACCGUGCGUUGAUAUGACAUCAUUAGGGACAAGCUGCCGGGAGGGUCUUCAAACGGCCAACGCGACUUGCACUCAGUUGAUGUCUACGUGGAACUGCACGGGCGCAGUGAACGCCAUCAUAAAGAACGUCGUCAUGCUGAUGUUCGGGAAAUGCCUCUACGAUACCAGUGACAUGAGCACAACCUUCACCAAGACGACGGUUCUUACCAUGGAUCAUUUACCUGCGACCUCACCUGUUCCGGACAUGGGGCUGAAUUUCCAGUCAGGGUUUGUGAAGUGUGUUGAGGAAAUGUUCGCCUCAGAGUUUAUGAGUCUUCCAUUUCUUUUCCCACCUUCACAGCAGACGCUGAAAGACAACUUGAUUGCCGCAGAUAAGGGUGUCGAUGUCACGGCCAGACACGAGCGUAUCAAGGGAAUAUUCUGCAGCAAAGUGGCGGACUGGACGUCAUGUGUUCAUAAUCGUCUGCGGACGGACACCGGAAAUAAGAUCAACAGAUUGCUAAGCGCGUUCUUCAACAUGGAUGGUCUCGGGCUACAGAUGAAAACAUACUGUGACAAAAGUCAUCAGGUCACAUCGAUGUACGCCUGCACGUUGACCAAGACAAAGAACAGCACGUGCAAUGGGGGUCUCGAGGAUGUGCUCGAUGACAUCAGCACAAAACCUUUUGACCCGAACCAAUAUGGCGAGAGAUGUGGAGAGUUGCGACGAAGGAUUAGCUGUCGUGUGUCAGAGCUAGCCGGAUGUGACCUCGACUAUGGUUCAACUAUGGACAGGUUUCUGAAUGGUCUGUUAAAAGAGGACUGCAUAGCGGGGGCCAACUUUACAGAAAGCGUCGACAAUGGAGGUAGAGGCGACUCGACCUCGAAGCCGUCGGGUCAAGGAGGCCGGAAUGGCGCUGGCUCUAACAAGGUCGCACUUAGUCUGCCCUUGACCUUAGCGCUGAUUGCUGUUGGUUUCGUAUCCUUGAUGAGACAGUAAAAGUGUGCAUUCUAGAUACGUUAUUGAUGUAGAUAGAUUGUCUUACAGAACUAUCCAAUUGUUUUGCCCGAAAGGUAACUUUAAAUCCGUUAAGGUAUUUAUUGAAAACUUUAAAUAUUGAUGUAUCAUACCACCGCAUUGAUAUCUGCCUGAUAUAACGUUGUCUGAUAUAUAUUUUAUAUCACGGUCAACAGGAAGUUUUUAUAUCAGUCAUGUGUGGAGGAUAGUCAUAUUACUCGAAAUCAACUAUAAAGUAAUCAUUUUUAGUAAAAUCAAAUCAUAUUCAGCAAAACAAACAAUAUGAUACCAAGAUGUAAUAUAUUUUAAACACAAAAUGCAACACAAACAGCAAAAAACAUUUUUUACAUAUAUUAAGCGCGCGUGCUCAUGACGUCAUUAUUAAGACGCCAAACAACAAAAUUCUGAUUCUUUCCCGCUAAAACUGCAGCUUUUUAGCGAUUUUUGCAUUAUUUCUUUAAUAUCGGGGACGUAGAGGUAUGAUAAACAAAAAACAGGUUGCUGUCUGAUCUUUUUGUAAUAUAUCAUGCUCGGCACGAUAAAAUAACGGCUCGGCAAGCCUCGCUGUUAUAUUAUUCUAAGCAUUGCCUGAUAUAUUACAAAAAGAUCAGGCAAUAACCUGUUAUUCUCUAUAUAUUGAUGAUAGAUAAAAAGCAGUGCCCAAGAAUAACGAAAUAUUACUUAAGCUAACACCUUAUUCAAAUUUGCUGACAAGAAUAUUAAGUAAUCCGGCAUGGAGAUAUGGAAUAAAAUCUUCCAUAAUACAACUCUUAAAGACUUGGUAUGCGUCUUAAAGUUACCAUCUUAGGACAAAUGCCCAAUUGUAACUAUAUACAUUUUAUAAAUAUUUUGUAUCUUGUUUAAUAUUUUGAUUAUAAAUACGUUCUUUAUCUGAAUGUACAUGUAACACAUUUUGUACACUGUUAUUCUUUAUUGAUGUUAUUAUUAUUUCGAUUAUUAUAACAUAGCUUUCAUUUUUUUCUCUUGAUCUGACAAAAUAUUUAUGCUUACAAGUAUUCAUAUUUGUAUUUAUUCUUUCGUAUGUCAUCUUUUUAAAAGAAACCACAUAUUUAUUAGAAAAUAUUAAAUACAUUUUUUCAUAAUUGCAGAAAACUUUUUAUUAUGAAUCUAAACUUAUACACUAUUUUCAAAAAAUAAAAGAAAAUGAUACUACUUUUCAUAAUAUAAUACUUACACACACACAAAUAAAAUCCUACCAAACCCGGUAGGAUUUUCUUGUGAUGGCAGAGAUUGUAUGUGAAAGCAUGGAACGACAACUCUGCUUGGAGAUCGUAAACGCAUCUGCAUUGUCACAUAAAUACAUUGUAUUGAAUUGUUUUCUGUUGGCGUACUAUCGUUUUCUGUUAUCGUCUGAUAAGAACUUACAUCUGAAGUUACAUUAUUAUUGUAAUACAGUUUCUUAUCAGAGUUUGUUGGUUAUAAUUAUAAACCAAAUUAUAAGUUGAAGAUUAUGAUCAGAUAAUCUGUCAAUUUUCUAAUGUUGAAUUAAUUUACUGUUAUAUAUUAUAUGUGGACAUUUUUUAUUUCAUUGUUCUGGUUUAAAAACCUAAUUUAAAAUAAGAUUGCCAUAGUUUAAAUGUAAAUAAUACUUAAAUAUAAAUUUGUUGUCUAAAGUAGCUACCUUAGUAUUAGAAUUAUUAUAGUUAUUUACAGACAUAUUCACCUGUAAACAUUCUUGAUAUCUAUGGUCGAAUGUUUUUCUAAUAACUGCACCUUUAGAUCUUACCGUUUUGAAGUACAAAAUACUCCUCCGUGUAGGAAAUGAUCUUAAACAUCAUAAAUGGAUCGAACUAAAUAUACAUAAAGUUUGCUACACACGCUUUUAAAGAAAUAUUUUUCAUGUUUAAAUUGUUCAUAUCUACUUGAAAUAGUUUUGCUGCCUAUUGAUCAACUUAUGAAAAAAAUAACUGUAAAUAAAAUCGUAUGUACAUUUA